AUGCUUCUGUCGCUUAUCCCCUCCUUCCCUUGCUUCUGUCGCUUAUCCCCUCCUUCCCUUGCUUCUGUCGCUUAUCCCCUCCUUCCCUUGCUUCUGUCGCUUAUCCCCUCCUUCCCUUGCUUCUGUCGCUUAUCCCCUCCUUCCCUUGCUUCUGUCGCUUAUCCCCUUCUUCCAUUGCUUCUGUCGCUUAUCCCCUCCUUCCCUUGCUUCUGUCGCUUAUCCCCUCCUUCCCUUGCUUCUGUCGCUUAUCCCCUCCUUCCCUUGCUUCUGUCGCUUAUCCCCUCCUUCCCUUGCUGCUGCCGCUUAUCCCCUCCUUCCCUUGCUUCUGUCGCUUAUCCCCUUCUUCCAUUGCUUCGGUCGCUUAUCCCCUCCUUCCCUUGCUUCUGUCGCUUAUCCCCUCCUUCCCUUGCUUCUGUCGCUUAUCCCCUCCUUCCCUUGCUUCUGCCGCUUAUCCCCUCCUUCCCUUGCUUCUGUCGCUUAUCCCCUCCUUCCCUUGCUUCUGUCGCUUAUCCCCUCCUUCCCUUGCUUCUGUCGCUUAUCCCCUCCUUCCCUUGCUGCUGCCGCUUAUCCCCUCCUUCCCUUGCUUCUGUCGCUUAUCCCCUUCUUCCAUUGCAUCUGUCGCUUAUCCCCUCCUUCCCUUGCUUCUGUCGCUUAUCCCCUCCUUCCCUUGCUUCUGCCGCUUAUCCCCUCCUUCCCUUGCUUCUGUCGCUUAUCCCCUCCUUCCCUUGCUGCUGCCGCUUAUCCCCUCCUUCCCUUGCUUCUGUCGCUUAUCCCCUUCUUCCAUUGCAUCUGUCGCUUAUCCCCUCCUUCCCUUGCUUCUGUCGCUUAUCCCCUCCUUCCCUUGCUUCUGCCGCUUAUCCCCUCCUUCCCUUGCUUCUGUCGCUUAUCCCCUCCUUCCCUUGCUUCUGUCGCUUAUCCCCUCCUUCCCUUGCUGCUGCCGCUUAUCCCCUCCUUCCCCUGCCACUGGCCAUCUCCCUCCCCUGCUCUUUCCACACCUCACUGUGCAGACUCACGCCUUGCAUUGGGCUCGCCCCAUCAGCCAUGGCUCGGAUGACUGCAGUGGCCAUGCUGCUGCCAGGGCUGCUGGUCGGUGUCGCCAUUCCCGCUGCCACGUGUCAGAAUGCCACGUGCCUAUCUCCCACUCGUGCUGAUUUCUUUCUCACCUCUCCACAGCAUGGCCACACUCUCAACGUGCCCCUUCACUCCCUCCACACCCAGAGCAUGAGUGCAUCAGCAGGGCUUGGCUGUGACGGCUGGGCUGAUGAAGCUGAAGAGUGCAACCAAGUGCCUCCUGGUAUGCCAUACGCUCUGCUCCCCACCACUGUGGCGUUUGCCUGUCUGCGAAUCGUUUCUUCUCGAGGCGAUCUCCGCUCUAUUUCAUGCCUCCACUCACUCCUCGUUUACAUGUGGCUGUGCAUUCCUAACCCAUCUCGCAUCCUCCUCAUCUUUCUUCCCCUCUCCUUCACUCCCUUCACCACUCGUUCCUUCCCUUCCUUUCCCCCCUUCACCACUCGUCUCUCCUUCCUUCCCUUCGUCGCCCUCAUCAUGCUGCAGACACGCGGUAUCUUCCCUCUGCUGCACAGCCCCAUGAAUCAUGCUCAUUUUGGGUUGCAGAGAGUGCGGGAAGCUGCUGGGACUGCCAUAGCGAGUAUGGUUGGAAUGCGCGAGUUGAUAGAGGCGAUGGAGAUGAGAAUGAGGGCUCUUGACGUGCAGCUGGAAGAGACAAAGAGGGAGUUGGCUGAACACAAGAGAGCGAUCACAAGGCAAGCAAAGGAGGUGAGAGCAACCAAAAAGGGGUUGGCAGAACAGAAGAACUCGUUGACAGGGCAAGCAGAGGAAUUGGCGGCAGCCAAGGUGGCAUUGGCUGCACACGAUAACGCGUUGACAGUACAUGCAGAGGAGCUGGCAGCGGUUAAGGGAGAAUUAGCAGCCGCCAACAGGAAGUUUGCUGUAGGAAAAAGGAAGUUGGCAGCACAAAAGACUGUAAUGACAGGGCAAGCAGAGAAGUUGGCAGCAGCAAAGGGGGAGGUGGCAGCAGCAAAGGGGGAGGUGGCAGCAGCAGAGGGGGAGGUGGCAGCAGUGAAAGAAGAGGUGGAAGCAGUGAAAGAAGAGGUCGCUGAGCAAACCAGCCGUCUGCUGAAGAUUGAAGCUGCCCUGGAGGAAGCUGUACUCGCCCUUGUACGAGGCAACUGGGGCAGCACACAAGUGUUGGAU